UUUUAAAUAAUCACCACCACUCUCUUUUUUCCAUAAGCUUCAAUUCCAUCGCUCCAACCCAAAAACAAAAAACCAAAAUUCUCAAUCGAUUAAAUUUAAUUUAAUUUUCAAUGGCUCUGAGAAUUCAACACAUUCCAAUGUUCUUCACAAUCUCACCCACCACAUUCUCCACCCACAACAAACCCAAAACUCAAAUCUCAUGCAUCAAAAACACCAACAACAACAUCAUCAGCGAUGCAUCACUAGCAUCAGAGUUUGCAGAGAAAGCAUCUAUAAUCAACGUACGUGUGAAACAAGCAGAAGAGGCUAUGAUAAAGAGUAGAAAAAUUCUUUUCAAAGAAUUUUGUGGGUAUCUUCAACUCAAUGAAGAAGAAGCUAAAUUCAAAUGGAAUAAAAUGGGUGAAGAUGAGAAAUGGGUUUUGGUUAAUGGGUUUGUUAAGGAAUUGGGUGAAUUUUUUCAUCCUUUGUCUGCAAAAUCUACCAAAGAGUUGGUGGAAGAAUAUUUAGUGCAAGAGAAUCUUCCUCCAAAAUCUCCUCCUCCUCUUUCUUCUACUGUGUUUCCAUUUGAUAGUAUAAUUGGUUUUCCAUAGAAAGAAGCUAUUUUUAUUUCUAUAUUCUUGUUUGGAAAAAUUGGCAGAAAAAUAAAUUAUAAUCUGCUUUUUAAUUUUUGUUUUAGUUCAUUUUUUUAAUUUUCUUUUUUGCUAGCAUAUUUGAUCUCAGUUUAUUUCAUGUUCUUAUUCAAAAAUA